AUGGCAGAACAUCACGAUAGAGAACAGGACGCCGGUCAAAGCACACCAGCACCUUCAGUCAGAACCGGCAGUGUUAAUACACAGAAAACCGCGAAAACUACCAGGACGAAUCGUCCAAACGCUCAAGCUCAUACCUCUAAAAGAUCACAUCAACACAAUGCACGACCGCAUGGAGGACGACUGUAUACAAAUAACACACCACCCGAGGCUCGACCGCAACAUUCCCUAGCUGGUAACGCUGGAGGACCCCAACACGAACCUCAUUAUGUCGAUAGAGAAUAUUAUGACUUUAAUCCAAAUUACCAAAAACCGAAGGACGAACCAGUAUGGGGAUUGGCGAAACCCCUUCCUCGAGUAGUCAGGCCGGGAAUGAGAAGAGGGAGAAAUACUGUGGUCGAGAACAAGCUUGCGGCAAAUGAAGAGCCUGGGGAUGCUGAGGCAAUACCACAAGUUGGGAUGAUUGACGACCAGAGAAAAGGGGAAACAAAAAAGAAAUCGAAUCGCCUGGGCAGGAAUGAAGAAGACCGAGGCUAUGGACACCAACAACAAGACCGAUGGAAGAGGAAAAGCUAUAGAUCUAAUAGACAGGAUUCGGAGAACAUGAUCUUGGAUUAUAAUGGUACCCCGCUAGCCGAGAGAGAUAAUCCUAUGGAUGAUUGGAGAUCUCCUCAUGAUGAUGGAGAGGCGGAUUUAGGUCAGCAGAAUACCAAUCGACUUUCUGAUGUUGUGGAACAUCCCUCAGGCUCAGGAUCAACUUUAGCUCAACAUGCUACGACGCAAAGUGAAGACUUUGCAGGCGAUGAGAAUGACAAGGAGCUAGAUUUGGAAAGGGGGGAUAAUUUAGAAGACGACGAAUGGUCUUUAAGCAGUGAAGAAGCGAUGCAAUAUAUCCAGGAAGAAAAAGACAACUCCAACGCUUUAGCAUCGAUUCGAAACAAGUUUCGUGAACCGUUAGCUGAAUGCUUAGCAACAAUGAUUGCAGUCCUUAUUGGUUUGGCCACCAAUCUUGCAGUUCAGACCUCGGAAGAAACUUCAGGUAAUUAUCAAUCCACAAAUUGGGCAUGGGGCUUGGGAAUCACAAUAGGUAUCUACAUUGCAGGUGGAAUAUCUGGUGCUCAUCUCAAUCCUGCCAUUUCCCUCAUGCUUUGUAUAUACCGAGGCUUCCCCAUAAGAAAAGCAUUUAUCUACGUCCUCGCGCAAAUCCUCGGAGGUUUUCUCGCCGGACUAAUUGCAUACGGCAUUUACAAAGACGCCAUUGCCACGUACGAUGCUAGCGGUGGUAUACUCGACAAUAAUCAAGUAGUUAACCUACUAUCCGGAGGCACCGGCUCCUCAUUCUACACACAACCAAAAACCUUCGCAAGCCCAUCCUCCAGUUUCUUCAACGAACUCGUCGCAACCGGCAUCCUAGCCUGCACCAUCCUCGCCCUAGGAGACGACUCCAACGCACCCCCCGGAGCAGGUAUGCACGCCCUAAUCGUCGGCCUCGUCGUCACAGUCCUAACCAUGGCAUUCGGCUACACAACAGGGGCAUGUCUGAACCCUGCACGGGAUUUCGGUCCGCGUCUCGCUACCGCCACAGUAGGCUACGGCAGCGAUGUCUUCACCGUUUCGAAUGCCUGGUGGGUGUAUGGAGCAUGGGGCGCUACGAUUUCCGGCGCGUUAAUAGGAGGAUUGUUUUAUGAUGUGGCUAUUUUUGUCGGAGGUGAGAGUCCGGUUAAUUAUCCGAGGAAGAAACGGAGACAGUUGGCGGAGAAUGCAAAGGAGAAGGCGGGGAAGGGAUGGUGGGUUUUUAAGAGGGAUGUGGAGAUGGGGUUUAAGGGGGAUUCGACGAAGGAAGGUUGA